UACGUGGGGCUUCGCCGGCCUUUGCAGUUAGACGGCGGUUCCUUUCUCCCCAUCCCCCAGGUGGAGAAAGUGUCGCCUUUUGGAUUUCCUUUUUGUUGAAGUGGCCCUUGCAUUAACACUCCAUUGUGCUGGACAGCGCAUCCCCUGCUCUCUGCGGCCCAGGUGGGAGGGUGCGGGAGCCGUGAGUCGUCUUUCCUCCUCCCCCUCCUCACGCGUAUCCCGCACUCCCCGCCCCCUCCUGGCUCUGCGCUUCUUCUGGCUGCCGGCACUGCGCCCCGCACCGCCGCAGCGCCGCGCCUCUGGACUGCCUAGGGAAGCACACACACUCCCACCCACCCGCCCCGGCCGCACCCCUGCCCAGGAUGUCGGCGCUCGAGUGGUAUGCCCACAAGUCCCUGGGCGACGGCAUCUUCUGGAUUCAGGAACGCUUCUACGAGUCGGGCAACCGCGCCAACAUCUGGCUUGUGCGCGGCUCUGAGCAGGACGUGGUGAUCGACACGGGCCUGGGGCUGCGCAGCCUCCCGGAGUACCUGUACUCUUCCGGUCUCUUGCAGGACCGUGGAGCAAAGGACGAUGCGGUGCACCGGCCGCUGCUGGCGGUGGCCACGCACGUGCAUUUCGACCACGCCGGCGGCCUCUACCAGUUUGACCGGGUGGCCGUGCACCACGCUGAGGCCGAGGCUCUGGUUCGUGGGGACAACUUUGAGACGGUGACCUGGCUGUCCGACAGUGAGGUGGUGCGGGCACCCAGCCCCGGCUGGAGGGCCAGGCAGUUCCGAGUGCAGGCUGUGCAGCCCACCCUAGUCCUGCAGGAUGGGGAUGUGAUCAACCUUGGUGACAGACAGCUCACUGUUAUGCACAUGCCCGGUCACUCCAGGGGCAGUAUUUGCCUACAUGACAAAGAUCGAAAGAUUCUCUUCAGUGGAGACGUCGUGUAUGAUGGAUCACUGAUUGACUGGCUCCCAUAUAGCAGGAUAAGUGACUAUGUUGGAACCUGUGAACGACUGAUAGAAUUAGUGGACAGAGGUCUGGUAGAGAAGGUGCUUCCUGGGCACUUUAAUACCUUUGGUGCUGAAAGGCUUUUUCGAUUGGCUUCCAACUAUAUUUCAAAAGCUGGGAUAUGUCACAGAAUUUCUACUUUUGCCAUGCGAUCUCUUGCUAGCUUAGCUCUUCGUGUAACAAAUUCUAGGACCUCACCCUAGUAUCUAUACUGAUAACCUAUUUUGAUUAAUUCUGUAAACUAGUCCAGUUCACUUUGUGUUGUUUGAAUGAUUGAUAGUGAGCAUUUCAAGAAGUGCUUUUAUAUUACUAUUGUAUAUUAGAGAAAGAAAGAUUGAGAAUGAAUAAGCCAAAAAAAAGAGAGAAGAUUAUAGUUUAAAGAUUUUUUUUUCUUUCUUCCAAACAAGAAACCACUGAAAUAGCUCGUAAUUUGCCAAAGCUGCCAUCUUUUCAUAUUUACCCUAGAAAUUACAUAGAAGUAUUUGGGGAAGCAAGGAGGCAUCAUGUGGGAGGAAAAAGAACUGUCUUUGUCACCCAUUUGUCUUAUUUUAUUCCUAGAUGUCCUGGAAAAAAAGGCAUAUGUUAAAAAAGAAAGUUUUAUGUUUAUAAUCCAAACAUGGUAUUUUUGGUAUUUUAUUUAAAGAUGAAGGUUCUUGGGUUUAAAAUACAUUAGAAUGCAAACAUAUAAGCUAGCAUUUAGAAUGAUAGCUAAAACAUUUCAUUGUUAUGGGUUGAAAUUUUUAUGCCUCAUUUUAUUUAUUCAUUCUUUGUGUAAUAAUAGUAUACAUUAUGUGAUGUGUAAUUUUACUUAUGCAAAGUACAAUGAAUUUUGUUUUAUUGCAAAGCUUUAAACUGCAGACGUGCACAGUAAAAAGCUACUAUAUAUAUUGUUAUUAUGUAAGUGUAAUAUUUGCGAUCAUAAAAGUAAAAUUUAAAUGUCUGUAAUCUAAAAAUUGUCGAAUUUCUCAAAAGGACACUGUCAGGCAAAUUGAAAAUAUACACAUUGAGAAUAAUUUUUUUAUUAUAUCCUAUUUUAAUAUUAACAGAUAUUAUGAACAAAAUUUUUCUUGUUAAAGAGCAACUUCAAUAUAUGUGUCAUAUUUUAUAGUAUCAAAACAACUAUAGGAAUCUAUUGCAUUCUGAUGUAAACCAUUCUUUUACUUUACAUAACAUGCAUCUGUAUCAUACAAGGCUUUUCAAAUUGAAUGCAAAAUGUGCGUUAGAUAUGAUUUAGAGUGAAUUACCUUUUUAUCCUGAUUCACAACACCUACUCUUAUUCAGUAUUCUUUGUAUGGAAUGAAAAGAAGUCUACAUUAGUAAAGACAUAGAAAAGGUUAUACGCCUGUUUAGUAAAAUGUUUUGGUUUGGUGCUCUUAAUAAUAAUUUAUUAAAAACCUUUUGAAAUAUUUCAUAAAGUUUUUUUAAACUGUUCUUUUCACUGCCUUUCUAUUAAUGACAUGUCUAAAACCAAAAUGAGGUAGCUUUGGAAAUCCAAUUUUUUUAGUAUUAGGAAGGUCCAUUAAUUUUGAUUUCUGGAAAAAAUAUGAAUUUUUUUCUAUCCUGCAGCCACCCAGGUUCUUUAGUUUUUACUCAUUCAAUACACAUGCACACAUCACAUACAUGCACAUAUAUACAGUCACACAAACAUACAUACAUACACAACAACACUGUGCUAAACACUGUGGAAGCUUAAAAAGUGAAAGAGACUACAUUCUAGCUAGGUUGAAGACAAACAUAAAACAUGAACAAUAAAAUGAACAAGUUGGAGUUAAUAUAAAUUUUACAUGAGUGUAAGGGACAUAAAUGAUGGGGUGUGAAGUUUGCUUAGGGAAAGGUUCUUGUAGGAGGUUGUUUUUGAGUUAGAUUUUUUUAGUUAGAUUUGGAAGGAUGAUGAUUUGUUAGGUGGUCAAGGUUGGAAAUAAAAAGACCUGAAAACAGGGAUGUAAGCAUUGCUGUCUAGAGUAGUCUAUUUCUUAUGAAAGUUUAUUUCUAAUUUUAGGAACCCCAUAUUUUCCAGACACCAUGUAUUUAGCAUGAGAAAGAUGGGGUUGUGAUUGUGUAUAUAACAGUCAUCCUUAAUGACAAGCAAGCUGUACUGCUGCAUACCACCAAAUGAACCUUAACUUAAAAUUGGAAUGGAUACCACCACAAUUUGCUCAGAGAAUAUCAUUGAAGUUUCUCUGUGAUAGUCAUUCAAGACAGUAGAUCUGUUUCAAAUGAUAGUGCAUCAAGAACAUAGUUUUGGUUCAUGGCAACUAUGAGCAAUCACUUAAUGAGCCUUAAAUAUAGCCAUUAUUUUUAUAUCAGCACAAAAAAAUACCAAAAGUCCUUAACCAUUGACCAUUUUAUCAUACUUUAGGAUAUGUUUUUUUAAAUCAGGGUAGAGUAGGCACUAAGUUUUAUUGGCAAAUAUUUAAACUUGCUGAAGGAUUUCCUUAUUUAAUAAAACUACAAUUUGUCAAAAACGCAUAGAUUUUUUUUUUUUUCACUUUUUCAAAUCGUACCAGAAAUGACUGUGAUAUUUUACUGUUAUUUCAAUGUGAAUAAAUUGGGGAAAGGAUCAAUCAUUCAUUGAGUGCCCAUGCCAGUCAUUUAAAAUAUGCAUUAUUUAACAUAAUCCUGGCCCCAUGCUGAGAGAUAAUUGACUAACCUUACACAAUACAACUUUGGACACAAAGCUAGUAUUUGGACACAGGCCUGUCUGCCACCCAAACUGUGUUCUUUUUCUUAUAUCUGCACAAUAGCAUAAAAUUGGCAAAGUGUAUUUUUACUUUUCAAGAUGCCAUAUGUGCCAAGAAUGAAUCAUGUGAUGUUAAAGCAUACUUUAAAAGAAGUUUAAAAAUAUAUAUUUUCACCCUGACAGUGACCCUUGUAAUUUGUGAUUUUUGGAGAUAUUAAUAUGUAGGUAUAAUUCUAAGUUGUCAAAAUGUAAAACAUUUAGAAAUAAUUUUCGUUGUUUAUAUUGUUAAUACUGAAUCUUGGAAAGUUCAUUUUCCUUACUUGAUGUUUCCUUUUAACUAAAAAGUUUAAAACAAACAAAAACCUUGUGUGUUAUCCUGAUACAGUUAAAUAAAGUUAUGUACGUUUGUUCUUCUGUGGCUAGUAAUAUGAAUGUGACAUGCACAAAUUGUCUUAUGAUUUUCAAAAAAGUGUAAGUAAACAUUUGUGUAAUAAAUAUUAAAGUGGGCAUUUUAA